GCUGACAGUUGCUUUUGCCGCAGACCUGCAGUAGGGAGCCGAAGGCGGAGCCUGCUAGUGCCCCAGAGCCGUUCAGGUUUAAGGAUUUAGCGGCGGCCCUAGGGGGAGGACUGCGGUUCAGCAGCUCGGCGCGCCUUUGAAGCAGCAGUCUGGACAUGGACAAAACAACCUACAUUCUCCUAACGGCAUUCAUUAUCCUAACCAUAUCCUGCAGUUCUGGCUAUGCACUUCGAUGUUAUAUCUGUGAACAGAGUCCUUUUCUCUGUAGAAGCAAUCUCACGUGUACUGAGGAAGAAGACGCUUGCUUGCAAAUUAGAAUGGUGAAUUUGAGAACGUACAGGUGCUGGAAAAUGUCAAAAUGCAGCAAAGAUGUUGUAGCCCAGGAAUUUAGCGUUGACAGCUUUAGACACCUUUGCUGCCAAAGAGAUUUCUGCAAUAAGAGUCCAAGCCUCCUCGUCAAUACUACUCCCCUUGGUGUUUCGGCAGUGAUUGUGAUUUGGAUGAUGUCCCGAUAAUAUGGCGAUUCAAAGUAAUAUAUUCUCUGCAUAUCCCAAUUCUUCCAGAUACACAAGCACUUUUACUAGAGCAACUAAAGCUAUUUGAAGAAGCAAUGUCUUUUUAACCAAAAGAGUGUUAAAGCUAAACCAAAAAAGAAAUGGAGAAGAAAUAUAUAAAAAUGGAAAACCAAUUUUGUGGGAAAAAAAGUACUCUCACUCAGUGCAUGUUGAUUGUCUUUGACUAUUAAGUCUUCUCCUUAAUAUAUAAUCUCUGGUUAAUCCAUGGCAACGAAAGUGCUUAUUUAUCAUAUUUCUGGGCAGAUUUGUUUUGUAAGGAAGCAAAUUUAUAUAUUUUUCCUUCAUCACUUUCAACAGCUGCAUGUUUAUCAGUAAACAUGGAUACUCUAUUUCACAACUCACUUUUAAUGCAAGCUCAUCUUAAACAUGUUUACAAGGUUACCAAGACAAAUGGUUGUAGGAUCCCACUGUUUAUAGUCCUACAUUGACAGAUUUGACCUUCUAUCUGUUUAACAUGCUGUUGCAAUCUUUACCUAUUAUCCAGGUAUUAAGCUAACUGCUCUGGAGAGAACUCAUAUAUAUGUGGCACUUUAUGUAGUGUACUCGGUAACUAUAGAGCUUUGCUGCUUCAAAACUUAUUUCCUAUUCCUUAGCACAUUUAGACAAAGAACCUAAUAUUGACAGAGCUUAAUUUAAAAGUAUAAUCUUCCCCUUUCAUUGCAUUGUUUUCUGUGAAGACUUUAUUAAAUAGAGAAGUACUUAACAGAGUCCUUCCUAUGAUAGGCACAUUUUAAAAGUAUAUUGUAUAUGGACAAUUGUUAACAUUCUUUUGCAGAUUUUUCCAUAUAUUUAGAACUGUUGAUAUCUUAAAAAGUAUUGAAACAACUAUGUGCAAUAUGUUCUACUUACACUAUAUGUAUAAAGAUUCCUGAGAG